GGGUUACAAUGCCGACUCGCGCCAAGCCCAGCAGCAGCGCGAAUCCCAUCCCCGCUGCUGGACCCCGCACCACAGCGGAACGGGACUUUUCACCAGCACCGCCAUCACCGCCAUCACCGCCGUCACCCCGGUCGACUGCUUACAGUGCUUAGUUGCUGCGUUCGGUGGGUCGCGCUAGUGUGGGCGCCCUAACGUGAGGCUAACCUGAGUCUAACCUAGGGCUAACCAAUAUGCUUGCAAGGCCCCAGUCCUAACUAAUGGGAAUUGCUAGCCCCGAGCUUGUCCGUUUACGACCGUGGAACUGCGGUCUGACCUGUCACAGGCGGAAAGUGUGUUCGUAUAACGACUCGCGAGCGGGGAUUGGCCAUUUGUUGCGUGCUGCCAGUUCUUCGCGAUCUAGUGUGUUGUUUUGCUCGCGAUCGAAUUCCAUUCCCAAGCGAGAUCCCAAGAGGAGAGGAGAGGAGAGAGGCGGGGGGGGAAGGCGUGCCAUGCGGUUCUAGUGGUCGAAGUUCGACAGUUCUCGCUCAGUCGUUUAUACCCCGAGGGCCUCGGAGUAUUUUUUGACUUUGCCUCCGUCAGCAAAGCACAUUGCGAAGAAAGAGAGAUACAGAGACACGGAGAGAGAGAUAGCUGUUGGCGCGGGGAUGUAUUGAUAUGCUGGGGUCAACUUGGCGCCUUUCUACAGGGCAUGUACAGAGUACUCUCAGGCUUGCCGGCGGUACCCUUGCUCUCACCUCUCACCUCUCACUCUCACCUCUCACUUUCACUCUCACUCUUACUACUCCUGCUACCCGUAACUCACAGCAACGCAACAGUGUGGUGGUGGCCCCCCGGGCCCCUCUCUCACCUCUUCUCCUGGGAGUGUAGUGGUCAAGGCUGUCAGAUUUCCAGAUGAUUCCCAGCGUACCCCGGAUAGGGAAAUUCGAAGCCUUUCUCUGUGUCAUCCGUAAUUGGUUGAUCAAUCACCAAGGUGGAGGACCAAGUCCCCAUUUCAAGACCGUUCAGAGGAGCGGCUAACGUCGCACGCAGCUCAUCUCAUUCGCAGAAGAGACAUUCCUGCAACUCGAAUCCACAUGGGUUAAUAAUAAUCCUGGUAGCAGGAGCUCGGAACAAACCUCUUCUUUGUGAAAUGAAGAGGGCAAGAGGCCAAGCACGCGAGCCCAAUUCUGUCAUCAUCAGCCACCAUCGUCACCUAUCACCAGCAGCAUCAUCAUCAUCGUUGUGUCUGGUUCUCCGGUCCCCAUCUUCCCCCGCAUGGGUAUUCCCGGCCUUGGUCCCAUCGCGUGCUCCAAGCCAAGCCCUAAGGACCUCCCUAAAGAGGUUUAGCAUAUCCCCAACCCUCCUUCAAGCCCCCCCCUCCAACCCCGGAGCGGAGAUGUGGCGAGAGCAUCGUCGCCAAGAGACGCUUAAUCUGUUAGCGGGCUUUAGCUGCGACCUCUCACACGUGUCCACACGCAUUAAAUACUAGAGCCAAUUUGCUAAAUUUUUUUUUCUGCGGCCCACCCACUUUCCCGGAAGCAGCGCGAGAGGAAACGUGUCAUGCGUUGACGUUUUUUUCCCUUCCUUCAGUUGAGGAACCGGAGGGAGGAGCUGGGUUGAAAGAAGAGAUAUCUAGCGAGAAAGAAUUGAAGGAGAGAAUGACAGAUCUCAUGCAGAGAGCCAAAAGCUUAUGUUUACCUUGUAAAAGCUGAAACCCCAAUAAUUGAUCGAUCAAUGAUUCAACAAGCCCCCGUGAAAAAGAAAUUAUGAAAAAAAAAAAAAAUUUUGAAAAAAAUGAAAUUACCUGUGAUGCUCAGGCUUCAAAUUUCUCGAAUUGAGCGGAACCGACCAACCAGAUGGGAACUGUCUAAAACACGCGGGGUCCUCGCGGAGCUGGGGGUUUUUUGCUCACUAUUCUUCGGAAUAAAAUCAAAAAUCAUUUCUUGCGUUCCAUCUCACCCAAUAAUGUGUGAUGAAUGUGUCAAUGUGAAGUAAUUGUAGACCUUAUGGAUUGUUAGAGCUGCCAGUAUCCCUAUUGUUGGGUGCAGUACUGUGCGUACAUGGACAGUAUCGCUUCGGCAAAAAAGACCAAGCUUUUUGGGAGAACAUAAAGCACUGAAAAUUAGCCGAUAAAAGGGGGAAAAAAUAUAAAAAAUAAAAAAUAAAAGCUAGAAACCUGAUAUACGAAUGUAUCUUGACCAGAGCAAGAUCUUUUCAUUACCAAUCAGACUCUUCAGUCAACCCGGGUCAACAUUUU